AUACGAUAAAUGAAUGGAAAUUCUUUAAAUUCGUUUGUUAAUAUCAGAAUCUAUGGAAAAACUCUGGAAAACUUGAAACAUUAUGGAUUGAUUGAAUAUUUGAAUGAAUUCGCCGGUGGCAGCUCAUUUGUUUCCCUCACCGAGAGCACGUCGAUAUCUUCAAUCAACACUGCUACAGUCGAUACUCCUCGUUUCUCCACUCCAAUCGUUCCAAACGUAGGAUUAUAUCAAAAAUUCACACUGAAUCUUUCGGAAAAAAUAUCCGAAAUUGGACCGAACGACGAGAACGAAGAUUUGAAGGAAAGCUAUGAUCAAGAACCAGAAGAAGAACUAAAUAGUUCACAUGAAAGUAAUAAUAGUGUGGAAAAAGUUAUGGAUAUGAUAAUCGAAGAUGUUGUUUCCAAUCAUACGACGAAUAUUGCAGAUGGAGACGAUAUUAAUUCGCCGAUUGUAUCAUCUGGACAGUCGGAGUUUCUCCAAGACGGUGUAGACAACGAUGGAAAUAUUGAUGAUUAUGAAGAGUAUCAGUCAUUACCACCGAAUGAUGAUGUUAUUAUGAAUGAAACAGAAUUGAUGGAUGUUGAUCGAACCACAGUGAUGACUCCAUUACGAAGUCCUACAUUUUUCGAUUAUCACAACGAAUCCGGUGAUGAAGAUCAGUUGAAUGAGAAUGAAAUGAAAUCUCCAGACAGCAAAAACGACGAGAUUAAUAAAGAUGAAAUCCACAAUAUUCAAUGUCAUUUCCCGAACUGCAAUCGAGCAAUUGCGUGGAAGAGGAAAUAUGGAAAACUUCGUCUUAUCGAUCACGCAUUGGUCCAUUGCGAUAAAAACUUUCUGAAAUGCAAAAAAUGCAAGCACACUUGUCAUACAAUCCGUCAAAUGCGUUAUCACUAUCGCAUUUUUCACUCAACAUCAAAAAUGGAAGGCUUCGGAGUGUCUGGCUUGCCAACCAAAAAUAAAGGAUUCCAAAAAAUUAUGAAUGCUUGUUUCGCAGAUCAAUUGGUCGAGAUGAACAAACGAAAAAAUCCUCCAAAAUCUCAAAAUGGCAGCCGCCGUAGCCGGGUCAAGUCAAAGUCCAAGAGAAGUGGCAUCUAGAACUUUGCAAGUUCACAGCCGUUUUAUUUUGUAAAUAUCGGCAUAUUGCAUACUUCAUACAUUAUACAUGCCUACAGCACGAAUCUCGAAAUUUUAAUAUAAUUCGGUUUAUGUCAUAUUUCUACAAAGUUUGUGUCAUUAAUAAAAUCUUAUUGAUAA